UGGUGACAUCACUGUCCUUCGAACUGGCCUUUUAGCACAAGGGCCAGCCUCCAGCAUCUGCAGAUUCCAGACUCCCAGGCAGAGCGUCCUCCGUGAGCAUCUUCUUGGCUCGUUCCAUCAGUGACCAUGGCAAACAAGGGACCGUCCUAUGGGCUGAGCAGAGAUGUGCAGUCCAAGAUCGAGAAGAAAUAUGACGAUGAACUGGAAGAGCGCCUGGUGGAGUGGAUCGUGGCCCAGUGCGGGGCUGGCGUGGGACGCCCUGAACGUGGCAGGCUGGGGUUCCAGGUUUGGCUGAAGAAUGGCGUAGUGCUGAGCGAGCUGGUCAACAGCCUGUACCCAGAAGGCUCAAAGCCUGUGAAAAUCCCCAAACCACCUCCCACCAUGGUCUUCAAACAGAUGGAGCAGGUGGCCCAGUUCCUGAAGGCAGCUGAGGACUAUGGUGUGGUGAAAACAGACAUCUUCCAGACAGUCGACCUGUUCGAAGGCAAAGACAUAGCAGCUGUGCAGAGAACAGUCAUGGCCUUGGGCAGCCUGGCGGUCACCAAGAACGAUGGACAUUACCGCGGGGACCCCUCCUGGUUUAUGAAGAAAUCCCAGGAGUACAAACGGGAUUUCUCCGACAGCCAGCUGAAGGAAGGGAAGAAUGUGAUUGGCUUACAGAUGGGCAGCAACAAGGGGGCCUCGCAGGCUGGCAUGACAGGCUAUGGGCGGCCCCGGCAGAUCAUCAGUUAGACAGCCACGGAGAAGAGAAAACAAACCCCACCACAGGACCUGGGUCUUUAGCUCCCUCCUGACCAGAGCCCAACUGCAGCCAAUGUGAAUAGA